AUGAGAUCUCAUCAGACCUGCCUCCUCAUCUCGUAUACCACCAACAAAUUCCCAAGCGAAUUUCUCCCUACGGUGUUUGACAACUACGCUGUGACCGUUAUGAUCGGCGACGAUCCCUAUACUCUGGGUUUAUUCGAUACUGCAGGUAAUGUCAAGAAGAUCGAUUAUGAUUGUUUUCGACCCUUGUCGUAUCCCCAGACGGAUGUUUUUCUCGUUUGCGUUAGCGUCACAUCACUCGCUUCUUUUGAGAACGUAAAGGGAAAAUGGUUUCCUGAGGUUCUCUACCUGCGAGACGACUCUCAAGUUCUAGAAAAGCUUGCGAGGAAGAAGCAGAGGCCCGUCCAGCCGGAGCAGGGUGAGCGUUUGGCGAGAGAGUUGGGUGUUGUCAAGUGCUCCGCCUUGACACAAAAAGGUCUACAACAGGUCUUUGAUGAGGCGAUCGUUGCGGCUUUAGAACCUGUUAUCGAAAGGACUAAAAAGAAAUGCGUCGUUGUUUAA